ACCUCAUACCCACACACACAAAUUUCAAUUACAGAAGAAGAAAUAAACUGCGUACCUGCAUUACUUUUGAGGAAUGAAAUUGCCCUUCAUUUCGUCCCAAAACAAUCUCUAUUCUGUCGAUAACGUCGGUAGUAAUCGCUACGAACCGAAAUCUGUUCUUGACGUUCGUCGGAGUCCGCCCAGUCCGAUAACCGGUAAUUCGUCGGAGUUCAACUCCAUUGAUUAUAAUUAUAACAGUGCGGUGUUAUUAUCUUCAGGGGAGCAGUUGCCGGUGGAGAAUUUUGAACAUGAAAUGAUCAAUCAGUUUGAAGAAUGGGAUUCUGAUUCUCUGAUAAGAGAAUUGGGGCUUUAUGAUGAUUCUACAAAAUCUGCUUACCCUCUUGAUCUUCCCGAGCUCCCGCCCUUCUUCCACUCAGAUUUUGAAAGCUUGAACCCAAACACGAACCAGAACCCCUUUGAUUUCAUGAGCCAUGAUGAUGAUGAUGAUGGAAACGAGUUCGAUUUUAGGGACGAGCUGAUCCGGUUAGCCGAGUGCUUUGAAACUCAGUCUUUCCAGCUGGCGCAGAUGAUAUUGUCGCGGCUCAAUCAGCGUCUGCGUUCACCCAACGGAAAAGCGCUUCAGAGAGCUGCCUUUUACUUCAAAGAAGCGAUUCAGUGUCUACUCACCGGGCCAACUCGGAGGUUUCAGACUUGUACAUCGUAUGAGAUUGUACAAGUGAUUAAAGCGUACAAGAUGUUCUCCAACGUGUCGCCGAUUCCGAUGUUCUCUAGCUUCACCGCCAAUCAGGCGAUCCUUGAUGCGGUGGACGGUGCGAUGAUUGUCCACGUUAUCGAUUUCGACAUCGGCCUCGGCGGUCAGUGGGCGUCGUUCCUGAAAGCGAUUGCGGAGAAGGCGGAAGCUCGGAGGAUUACUUCACCGGUGGUGAGAAUCACGGCGGUAGUUCCUGAAGAAUACGAAUCGGAAUCGAGAUUGAUCAGAGAAAAUCUACAUCAAUUCUCUUGCGAUCUAAAAUUACGGUUUGAAAUCGAUUUCAUCUCCAUUCGAGCAUUCGAAAUCUUAUCCUUUAAAGCAAUUAAGUUCAUGAGUGGAGAGAAGACAGCUGUUCUUCUUUCGCCAACGAUUUUCCGACGAAUCGGCCCUGGUUUCAUCAACGAUCUCCGGCAAGUCUUGCCGCACAUGGUAGUAUACGUGGACGGCGAAUUGAUCGGGUGUGGAACGUCGUUUUUCCGUCAAACGGUGAUCGACGGUCUGGAAUUAUACUCGACGAUACUAGCAUCAUUGGAGGCGGCGAAUGUUGGCGGUGGUGCCGGAGGAGGUGACUGGAUAAGGAAUAUCGAGAUGUUCGUAUUGCUGCCGAAAAUAAUCGCGGCGGUGGAGGAUGCCGGGCGCCAUGCGACGCCCUGGAGGGAAGCGUUAGGUAGGGCCGGGAUGAGGCCGGUAGGGCUUAGUCAGUUCGCUGACUUUCAAGCGGAGUGUUUGUUACGGAGGGUACAGGUGAGGGGAUACCACGUGGUGAAACAGCAGGCCGAGAUGGUGCUUUGCUGGCAUGGUAGGCCCCUUGUUGCCACGUCAGCGUGGACUUUUUAG